AUGCCUAGAAGGUAUAUCACAAGAUCACAAGGCUGGAGAAAACAAGCAAGCAAGGAGCCAGUUCAGUUGAAUAUUGAUAGCUCAUCUGAUUCUUAUGAGUCUGCAGAGGACAGUUUAUACAAGCCACACAUGCCACUUGACUCUCUCGACUCAAGCAGUGACAACAAUGAUGAUGUUAGUCCUAGCAGUGAUAGGAGAAAAAGGAAGACUGCCAGUGACAAAGACAAAGGCAAGAAAAAGGUUGUUAAUGAUGAAGAUACUUCUCGUCCCCCAUCAAUGGAUGCAUCUGAUUAUGAAAAGGAGGUAGAUGAUGAUGAGAACGAAGAAAACUUGCAAUUGUCUUUCUCUAAUGAUAGCUGGAAGUCUGAUGAACUGAAGACUCCACCAGACUCUGAAGAUGAAGCAGACCCAGCUGCGAAUCCCAUCUUCAAUGAUGCUGCCAAGUUUGGACAUGUGAGAUUAGAGCUAGGUAUGGAGUUUACCACUAGGGAUGCCUUUAAGAAAGGGGUUAGAAAUUAUACAUUGCAAGAGGGUAGGGGUGUAAGGUACAAGAAAAAUGAUACUACUAGAUGUAGGGUGGUAUGCAAGAAUGAAGAUUGUCCCUGGAUGGUGUUUUGUUCUUAUAGCAAACUGAAUGGAUGUUGGCAGAUUAAGACCUUUAAUGAUGAUCAUACAUGUGAGAGAACUUUCAAGAAUAGAUGUGCAACUAGGUCUUGGGUAACUGACAUACUUGUUAAGAAGGUUAGGAAGCUCCCAGCUUUUAGACACAGUGAGGUCUUUAAUUACUUUAAAGCAAAAACUGGAAUACAACUGUCUAGGACUACAAUUACAAGAGCUUUGGGUGAUGCAAGAAAAAUAGUGAGGGGUGAUGAAGCUGCUGAGUAUGCUAAACUCAGAGAUUAUGCGGAGGAGCUGUUGAGAUCUAAUCCGGGCUCAAUUGUCAAGUUAGGUGUUAGUCCAAUGCCUAACGGAGAAGGUGUCUUCGAAAGGUGUUAUGUGUGUUUGCAUGGAUGCAAGAAAGGUUUUGUGGGUGGCUGCAGACCCUUGAUAGGACUUGAUGGGGCUUUUUUGAAGACCUAUUAUGGAGGAUGGCUGCUGUGCACCAUGGGUCAGGAUGCGAACAAUCAUGUGUAUCCAAUUGCAUGGGCAAUUGUUCAUAUUGAGAACAAAGACAACUGGAAGUGGUUCUUGGAGCUCUUGCAGGAAGACAUUGGAGAUCAGACAGAGCAUGGUUGGUGCUUCAUCUCUGAUAUGCAGAAGGGUUUAAUCCCAGCAUUGCGUGAAGUUAUGCCAGGUGCGCAUCACCGCUUCUGUGCGUGGCACCUUUGGCAAAACUUUCAGAAACAAUGGAAGGACUCACACUUGAAGAGUUUGCUUUGGAAGUGUGUUAGAGCCAUGACUGUCCAGGAAUUCAACGGACAUAUGCAGUCUAUAAAGAGGGUGAAUGAGAAGGCGUGGGCAUAUUUAGACAAGUUUCCUAGGCAGGCAUGGACCAGGGCUCACUACAAGGACUUUCCAAAGGUUGACAAUGUCUGCAACAACAUGUGUGAGGUGUUCAACGCUGCCACCAAACCAUACAGAUGUAAGCCCGUCUUGACUUUACUGGAGGAGGUUAGGAGGUAUGCCAUGACUAGUAUGGCAAGGAACAAACUGAAACUCUCUAGCCAUAUGGGAUACUUACCUCCGAUUCAACAAAGUAGACUUGCAAAGGAAAGGCAUUACAGCAGGUACUAUACACCAAUGUGGUCUGGAGAUGCGGCUGAAGUGAUGUUUGAAGUGCAUGGUGAACCACAUAAUGUGGUGGUUGAUUUGGGAAACCAAACAUGUAGCUGCAGGUCUUGGCAGUUAUCGGCUGCGAUUUCAGUCAUGAAUGGUAGACCUGAGAAUUAUGUCCAUGCAUGGCUAACAAUGGGCUCAUACAACAAGACUUAUGAGUACCAUAUCAACCCGGUAAGAGGCCAACAGUUGUGGGAAACAUCAGAAUACCUCCAUUGCUUACCUCCUGUAAGGAGCAAACCCCGUGGCAGGCCAUCACAUUAUGCAAGAAAAAAAGAUCAACAUGAGGCACCUGUUCGGGGGAGCCAAGAGCGCACAGCAACAAAAUUGAAGAGAAAAUAUGGCAAAUUCACAUGCGGGACAUGUGGGGAUGUUGGUCACACAACAAGGAGUUGUAGAAUAUCAAAGAAACAAAAGGCUGAUGAGCUAGCAGCUGCUGCACAGGCUGCUGAAGAUGCUGCAGAUAAGGGUGACACUGGUUCUAAAGGUAACAAAGGUGAGGUUGUUACUGAAGAAUGUGAGGCUGUAAAGACUACAAAGACUGCAAAGAAAGGCCAUCUGAGAACUAAAUGUGAGAGACGCAUAGACAAACUCCCUGUCAAGAGGACAACUUCAUCCACUGCUGCUACUGCUGCGGCUGCUCCACAUCCAACUGAGAUUUCAAGAGAGACUAUUCAGGGAGCUAGUGCAGCAACCUCUGAAAAACUUGCCUCCUUCUUGAAAUUUGUUCCAAAUCCAGGAUCCAACCCACCAAGGAAAACUGUCUAA